AUGUGCGCUAUUACAAAAUUCCUGCCCCGCAUGGUAGGACACUCACGACACGUUGGUGGAGCAGAAAUUAAGAUCCUUUGCGUCAAACCUGAAAGUAACAGCGGUCACGAUCCCCACAUUUUCGCCACGGAAACCACUGCCUCGACCGACAUCGCUCCGCUAAAAGAUCAAACGAAGCUUCAAGACAACAUAGCCAUCCGUAGGGAUUCCGCACCUAGUGGGAACCAUGCGCUGGGCAUCAGGUGCUAUGACCAAACUGGAACAAUCGACUGCAAAGUGCAUUGCACCCGCUCCGAAGACUUCUCGAAAAGAGCAGAUGCAGAUGCUGCGCCCCCAGUAGUCUCUCUUGUGGGGGCGGCCGACUCUGUCUCCGAAGACCCCCAUGCCUCACAGCCACCCGCUAGCUCGAACCUGGUCGUCCUCGUCCUCAUUGGAGUUUUCGGUGGCCUCGUUUUAGUGGCGGCCCCUGCGGUCACCGUGUAUCUGACACUACGCCACCACAGGCAACGCGUCAUGCAAAGAAACGCGUACCGCAUAGACCUCCUUGCUGAUCGGGACCUGCAUCCGUAUGGCGGCAAGGACGACAUCGAGCCGCUCAGCUUCGCAUCCUCUUCCGAGUCUUUCAUCCCGAAGGAGCGCAUCGGACCCGUAACCCUGCCGUUUCAAGCGGGCGGGUACGGGCAUUCAAACCGAUCCCGCGAUCUUUCCGAAGGCCCCUAUAUCACGCAACUCAACCUUCAUGCGGCGAGCUCCGGGGAAAUGUCGGCCUCAAUUGAGCCCGAACGCGGCUUCGACGCACGAGCCCCUGCGCCGGGACUGCCACCGCCUCGUCCGAACCGGCGAUCUGUCGUGGUGGGGGAGGAGGCCCGCUUGGAGGGACCCGAGAACGCAAUGGCCCGGGCCGCACGGCAAUGGCAGCGCGUCGCAGAGCGCCAGGCGGUGGAGGGGACCGACGACGUUCACCCUGCCGCAAUCACGCUUGGCGUUGCGUCCGCGGCGGUAUCACCGGUGGGGGACGGCCGAAACAGUUUCGACGCGCCGCGCCUCCAACUCAUCGAGAGUAAAGAGACGAUCCGAUGGGCAUGA